UCAACAAACCACAACUUUCGUCAAGAAUACUCUUUUCCUUUCUCCAAGUGAAUACUCUUUUCCUUUCUCCAAUGGCAGAAGGAGUCCUCUUCAACGUUGCAGAAGGGAUCAUUGGAAGGUUAGGCUCCCUUGUUUUCCAAGAGAUUGCCUUGCUUUGGGGUGUCAAAGAUGACCUCCAAAAGCUGAAGGACAAAGUUGCCCAACUCCAAGCUGUUCUUCUUGAUGCUGAGCAAAAACAAGCCAACAAUAAUGAAGUCAAAGUGUGGCUCCAAAGCGUAGAAGAUGCAGUUUAUGAAGCUGAUGACGUGCUCGAUGAGUUUUAUACUGAAGCUCAGUGGAGACAAAUGGUGCCCGGAAAUAAUAAAGUGUCAAAGCAGGUACGCAGCUUCUUCUCUAGCUCAAACCCGCUUGUUUUUGGGCAGAAAAUUGGUCAUAAGAUAAAAGUUUUUGUUCAAUUACAAGUGACCCACGAAGAUGUAGAAUUUGUAAGAAGAGAGAGGGUCACUCACUCAUUUGUCCGCGAGGAUAAUAUAAUAGGGAGAGAUGAAGAUAAAAGCGCAAUUAUUCAACUUUUGUUGGAUUUGGAUCCCAUCUCUACAGAAAAUGUCUCAACUAUUUCCAUAGUUGGAUUUGGAGGAUUGGGAAAAACUGCACUUGCCCAACUAGUUUUCAACGAUGAGGUGGUUCAAAAUCAUUUUGAGCUGAAAAUGUGGACAUGUGUCUCCAAUGUGUUUGAAUUGAAUGUACUUGCUGAGAAAAUCAUUCAAUCUUUGGAUGCACUUGUUAAGAAUAUCCUAAAAGCGGAUAACCUUGACAUUGAUCUGUUGCAAAAUGAGCUUAGGAAGAAGAUCGAUGGGAAGAGAUACCUCCUUGUGUUAGACGAUGUGUGGAAUGAAAAUCGUGGAAAAUGGCUUAGCUUGAAAGACUUGUUGAUGGGUGGUGCAAGAGGUAGUAAAAUACUAAUAACUACUCGCAGUGAAAAAGUUGCAAAAAUAACAGACACAUCUAAACCAUAUAACUUAAGCGGUUUAAGUGAAGAGCAGUCUUGGUAUUUGUUCAAGAAAAUGGCAUUCCAAGAUGGAAAAGAGCCAACGAGUUCAACCAUUAAAGCCCUUGGGGAGGAGAUUGCUAGAAAAUGUAAGGGGGUUCCGCUUGCUAUAAGGACCAUAGGACGGAUGUUGUACUCCGAACAUCAAGAAACUAAAUGGUUGAAAUUCAAGAAUAACAAGCUUUCAACAAUAAGGCAAGAAGAAGAUGAUAUUUUACCAACACUUCAGCUGAGUUAUGAUGUUCUCCCAUCACAUUUGAAACAUUGUUUUGCUUAUUGUAGUUUGUUCCCGCCUGAUUAUGAGAUUCCCGUAGAGAAUUUAAUUAAGCUGUGGGUGGCACAAGGGUUCGUUAAGUCUUCAAAUCCUAAUGAGUGCUUGGAAGAUGUUGGUUAUGAAUAUUAUAACGAACUAGUUUGGAGAUCUUUUUUCCAAGAAGAAGAAAAAGAUGAGUUUGGUAUAAUAAAAAGCUGUAAAAUGCAUGAUCUCAUGAAUGAACUUGCUGUUAAAGUGGCAGGGGAGGGAAGCACAAUAAUAGAUCGCAAUAAGACUGAUUUUGAUGCAAAACGUCUUCUUCAUGUAUCUUUCGAUUUUGAUGUUGAUUCGUCGGAAUGGAAAAUACCGACAUCCUUGCUGGAAUCAAAUAAGCUAAGGACUUUUCUUUUCCUAAGACAAGGGUGGGGGUUGGAGAAGUCAUUCCAUAAGUCAUUUUGUGCUACAAUUGCUUCAAAUUUUAAGUCAUUGCGUAUGUUGAGUUUGAAUGGAUUGGGAAUUACAAAAUUGCCAAAAUGUCUUAGGAAAAUGAAACAUUUAAGAUAUCUUGAUCUUAGUUUUAAUCCCAUUGAGAGACUUCCAAAUUGGAUAGUCGAACUUCAAAAUUUGGAAACACUAGAUCUCAAAUGGUGUCAGUCUCUUGUGGAAUUGCCUAGAGAUAUCAAGAAAAUGAAAAACUUGAGGCAUCUGAUUUUGCAAUAUUGUGAUAACUUGGCUCGGAUUCCUCGUGGAUUGGGUGAAUUGACUUGUCUUCGUACUUUGAGUAAAUUUGUUUUGAGCGAAAAUAGUUCCAUGUCCAAGGACAGUGCAGGGCUCAGUGAGUUGGGGAAGCUGAAAGAUUUAAGAGGAAAGUUGGAGAUCAUAAAUUUGGGGUACAAGAAAGAUAUGGUGUCAGAAUUGAAUUAUGAUGGUGCAGUUUUGAAGGAGAAACGACAUCUCUAUUCGUUGACUUUACAUUGGAUGGGCAUCGAAAGAGAAAAUAGUGAUGCGGUUGAGGAGGAGAGUGAUGUAAUUAUUAAGUCAAUGGAAGCGCUGCAGCCCCAUUCAAGUCUAAAAGAGUUAGUCCUUGAGGGAUACCCGGGUGCGAGGUUUGCGAGUUGGUUUCAUUCUCUCACAAAUAUUGUUAAUCUCGGAUUGUAUGACUGUGAUAGAUGCCAACAUCUUCCACCGUUGGAUCAUUUACCUUUUCUUAAGAGUCUUACUCUUUCCGAGUUAAGGAAUUUGGAGCACAUAUCAGCAAAAGACAAGGUUAAGGACUUUGCCGGUGAUGAGAUGAUGAUGAUGUCAGCUGCUUCUCCAUCGACGACCUUCUUUCCCUCCUUAGAGAGUCUUUAUCUAUUUGAAUGCCCUAAUCUCAAGGGAUGGUGGAGGAAUGAAACAGCUUCAGCUUCAGCUUCUUCAUUUCCUUGUCUUUCUACUUUAGAAAUAUGUGAUUGUCCUAACCUAACUUCCAUGCCGCUGUACCCAAAUCUUCAUAGCCUGGAGUUAGAAAACAGCAGCUGGAAGGUCCUUCCCUCCUCCUUUGUUCCCUCCUCCAAAUUAAAGUUUCUGUACAUUACAGCCGUUGAGGAUAUAGAAUAUGUGCUAGAAGAAGGGAUUGGAAACCUCAAAUCACUUCAGUUCCUUUCGAUAUUGAAUUGCCCGAAAUUGGCGUCACUACCGGAAGGGCUUCGUUGCCUCGCCUCAUUAAAAAGGUUGACAAUUGUAGAUUGCCCUAUCUUAAAGCAAAGAUGCCAGAAAGAAACAGGUGAGGACUGGUCCAAGAUUGCUCACAUCCCAGACAUUUGCAUUGUUCCCUAGCUUGGUCCAUUUGAUGAUCUUUAAGGGUUGGGUCAGUGCACUAAAAACUCUUAUGGCUUGAUUGUGAUUGUGCAACAGCAGAUCACCAACAAAGUGGUGACCAUGAAAUUGGGAAGCCAAGCACGGCGCACCAUCUUAGAUUCAAAAGGGCAACAGCAAGCUUCUCUUCAGAAUCUUUAAAAAGUUGUACUAUUCGUGAUUCAGCUUCCGUGUCUUCAGCAAAGAUGAAGUCAUCCUCAAAUUCUGCCUUUUCUGGAAAGCUGCCAUCUUCUUCACAUAUCAUGCGCAUACUCAAAACCUGCAGCGCUUCCAUGGCCGUGCUGUGAAAACCACUGUUGGCAUAUGCAGAGAAAACAAAAUGGCAGGUCGCUGGAUCCGGCUGGACUUUUUCUUGGUGCAUCCACUCAACGACAAAUUCAACUACCUCAAUCACUUCCUGACAUUUAUUGCAGGGGAGAAGAAAAAUAUAUAUUACUAUCGAAUAAUGCAACCACAAUUUUUGUGGUUGAUCAAAUUAUAAUCAUGUAUAUCGAGAACCAUGCUGCUCUUUUGAUCUUACCUUUUCACAGGCUUUUUCAAGAAUGGUAUUAAAUAGCAAGGUAUCAAGUUCAUUGCGUUCUGAA